AUGGCUAACCCACGCGAUGAAAGCGAAAAGCUGAGCGUGAAUCACACCGCACCGAAUGAUAGUGACAGCGAGACCGAGGUCUUCCAUGACGCCCGAUAUCCGGCAGAUGAAGAAGCUCGACUGGUCGAAGAAUCCAACACGAUAAAAGCAGAAGCCAACAAGCUCUUCACCUCCAAAUCCUAUGAUCAGGCCGUGUCCUACUACGACCGAGCGCUCGCCUCCUGCCCGAACUACCUUGACUACGAAGUUGCUGUUCUGAAAUCCAACGUAGCAGCUUGCUAUUUGAAACUGGAAGACUGGAAGGCAGCCGUGGAUUCUGCAACGACAUCUCUCGAGCGUUUGGAUAAUAUAAUCCCGCAAGAAGCUUCCGCGUCCGACAACAACAACUCAAAGGGCAAGGCGAAAGACAGUGGUGACGAAAAUACGGAUGCCGUGGUUGAAAUUUCUGGCGAUGACGAAGAAGAGGAGCUCGAGAGGCUACAAAAAUUGGAUGAGAAGAAGAGGAAUGUGCUCCGGAUCCGGGCGAAAGCUCUCAUGAGACGUGCGAAGGCCAAGAUGCAGCUUGGAGGAUGGGGAAAUCUUCAGGGGGCUGAGGAGGACUAUAAGGAUCUUGAGUCUAUGGAGAACUUGCCUCCGGAUGAUAUGCGGAUCGUGAAGAAGGCUCUUCGGGAACUCCCGGAGCGAAUAAGUAAGGCGCGGGAGAAGGAAAUGGCGGAGAUGAUGGGAAAGUUGAAAGAGCUCGGGAACGGCAUUCUUAAACCCUUCGGUCUCUCCACGGAUAACUUCAAUUUCGUCAAGGAUCCCAAAACGGGCGGCUACAGUAUGAAUUUUCAGUCAUGA